CGGCUGUCUCCUUCCGUGACAUUUGAGGGACCCGUCUCUCAACCUCAUACCUCUCCUCUCCCCGCAGUUCAAGCAUCAUCUUCCUUGUGCCCGAGAUUUCCGCACUAGUCUAAAACCAUGAGCCUCGUUCACGUCGUCCUCUUCCAAUUCAAGGCUGAGGCCGACCCGGAAGCUGUCAAGGCUGUUUGCGCACGUUUUCUAUCGUUGAAAGACAAUUGCAUCCACCCUACGACCAAAAGGCCCUACAUUCUCUCUUUGAGAUGUGGAAAGGACAACUCGCCAGAAGGCCUGCAGAACGGAAUGACCCAUGGAUUCGUUCUCGAGUUUGCGUCUCCCGAGGAUAGAGACUAUUAUGUGACGACGGAUCCGGUUCACCAAUUGUUCGUCAAGGGCCUUGCAGAUGUGCUUGAGAAGCCUACUGUUCUAGAUUUCAGUGAUGGUGUCUACUAGGUAUCUGGUACUAGUCAGUAUAGACAGGCAAUGAAUCUGCCAUGUACUGGAACUGGCAACCUUCCCCGAUCGUCC